AUGGGCAAGGACCCUCAGGCAGGAUGGUUUCUUUUAAUAUUUAUUUACUUAUGUGGCUACCUCGGCUCUUAUUGUGGCGUGUGGGUCUUCACUGCAGCAUUUCAGUUCAGUUCAGUUCAGUCGUUCAUCUCAGAAACCUGUCCUCGAUAUCUCCUGGGUGUCCUUGAUGCAGGGAAAGCAGACCUGCAGAAGCAAGUGAAGCCUGAGGCCUGGCUGUCCAGUGGCCCCACUCCUGCGCCUGGCUGCCUACUGCUGGUGUGCCACGUCUCAGGAUUCUACCCCAAACCUGUGUGGGUGAUGUGGAUGAGGGGUGAGCAGGAGCAGCCUGGCACUCAGCAAGGGGACAUCAUGCCCAAUGCUGACUGGACUUGGUAUCUCCGAGUAUCCCUGGAUGUAACGGCUGGGGAGGCGGCUGGCCUGAGUUGCCGAGUGAAGUACAGCAGUCUAGGAGAGCAGGACAUCAUCCUGUACUGGGGACACCCCGCAUCCAUUGGCUUGAUACUUGUGGCAAUAAUAGUGCCCUCCUUGAUCCUUUCUCUAUGCCUUGUAUUAUGGUUUUGGAGACGCUGGAACAAGUAUCCAGGAACCCUGAAACUCAAGUUGUCAGCCUAG